UCGCGGCCGGCGUUGAAAAAAGGGGGGCCCAAGCGGUUUAGGGCUAAGGCCGGCCUGUUCCAUCGUGCGGACUCGGCGGCCUCCGAGAAGGUCCGGUGGAGCAGGCCCGAGAGCUCGGAAAUAAAGAGCGGCGGGCGAUCAUCAGCCGAGCCGGCGGCGUGCCGGUGCCGGCAUGAGUCGCCCCGUCCACUGGAGCUUCUCGGGCGCUGGACUGCUCGGCGGCUACUUUGUCGGGGUGUGGGAACGGCUCGUCGCUGGCGACGUCCCAUCCGCUCUCUUCUGCCCCGCCCGCUCUCGCUUCGUGGGCACGUCGGCAGGCAGCUUUGUCGCGGUAGCGUGUGCGAGCGGCGUCUCGCAGGCGGAUGCGGCUGACACGUUCGCGCGGCUGCUGCAGUCCGUCCACAACGCGUCGCCUCUGCGCGGCGCGCUCGGUUGCGAACUCCUCUCGCUUGUGCGGCCAGAGCUCGAGGCGCUGCUGCCCGAGGACGCGCACGAGCGGUGCAGCGGCAGGGUCGAGGUCGCGCUCGUUGACUCGCGCAGCUUCCCGCGGCUGGUGGCGACGCGCCGCUCAACCUUUGAGUCGCGCUCGGACCUGGUCGACGCCUGCCUGGCGAGCGCGUACUUGCCCGGCAUCACAAGCAGCGCCCACCCGGCGCCCACGCACUUCAGCGGAUUGCUCGACGGCGGCAUCCUCGACAACUUUCCGCGCGGCUCGGAGCCCGGCAGCCGAACGAUCAUCGUCAGCCCGUUCGGCGGCGACUUCGACAUCAGCCCGACCUCCUCAGCCGACGGCUCGGACGCUGGCACGGCUCCGUGGCGCGUGCCCAUCUCACCGGGCGUCUGGAUCGACGUCGCCUCCGUCAAGCAGCUCCACCGCGUCGUCCGACUCGGCGAGCCGGCGGCUGCCGAGGAGCUGGUGCGGCAGGGCUUCGACGACUGCAGCCGCUUCUUGCGACGCAACGGUCACGUUUGAGCCUGCUCAGCAGAGAGCGUCCGUCCGCUUUCUCAAACGGAGGAGUGUGUGCUCCGUGUCUCGCUGAGAUGGGUGAAGGUGGGGAGAGAGGGAGAGAGAGAGUUCGUCCGCCCUUCACAUUAGAAUUUGCAUCCCAUUUUUAGUAGACAACGUACGAGAC